UCGAACCCGGCGCGCGAGAUUAUAUCUUUGAAAGUUUCUUUCCUUUUUACCGGUGAUAAAAAUAUAGCGAGUAUAUUGGCUGGAUAUCGCUAAUUUGUUGAGAUUUACUGGCUCUGGAUAUUGUGAUCGCGAGUUUUAUUGCUUGUUGCGAUUGAGCUGUGGAAUAUAUAGAUGUCUACGAUAAAUACCGACUCCGCCUUUCCCUUACGUUCUUUGGGCGCGGCAGCUGAAGGUGUUCGAGACCAAUAUGCCGACGGAAAAGCAGCCAAGGUUUGGCAGGCAUACAUCGUCGACAACAAGCAACGCAAGCAGAAUUACAAAGAUUUCUUGGUUGGACUUCUUCGCGAUCAUGGUUGCCAGCGGAUACUCGACGUUGCAUGUGGCACUGGCGUCGACUCGAUGAUGCUGCUCGAGGAAGGCUUUCAAGUUGUCAGUGUUGAUGCCUCGGAUAAAAUGUUGAAGUACGCCCUGAAAUCCAGGUGGGAGAGGCGCAAGGAGAAAGCCUUCGACGACUGGGUUAUUGAAGAAGCGAAUUGGCUCACGUUGGAGAAAGACAUCAGACCGUUGAUUAAUGAUGGAUUUGACGCUGUGUUGUGUCUUGGAAACAGUUUCCCACAUAUUUUAGAUGGAUAUGGCGAUCAAAGAGAGCAGAAGCAAGCUUUGUAUAAUUUUGAACGUUGCGUGAAACCCGGAGGAUUGCUGUUGAUUGACCACAGAAACUAUGAACACAUUCUUAAGGGAAAAUCUCCACCCAUUGAAUCUAUGUACUACAAUAAUAAUUAUUUGAAGAAAAUAGAAACUAGCGUUAUUUAUAAAAAUGGAAUACCUUGUCUAGUCACUCUCGAUUACUUGGUCGAAAUCAAUAGUGGCGACUUAAAAGAAUCGGAAGAGCAGCAGUACAGCGAAUUUCGCUUGUCAUAUUAUCCACACAUGUUGGAUGCAUUUACUAAAUUGGUCGAUGAAGCUUUUCCAAAAAGAAGGAAACACGAAAUUUAUGGCGAUUUCAAGCCACUCACUCAGAUUCCAGAGCCAGGGUUUUAUAUUCAUGUUGUACAAAAGUAAAUUAUAAGCCACACAAGUAGUUCGUAUGUAAAUUUAUUGCUGUAUAAAAUUCAGUUUAGUAACAUCACUGCGCCUAAAAAACAUUUUAUAUGUGUUUAUACCGAGAUAAAUUUAAAUUAAAUAA